AUGGUUAACUUUUUCAAAAAUAUCGCCUCUGUAGGCGCCGUCGCUCUUAUGGUUGCCGGUCAGGUCGCUGCCCAAGACUCUGCUUCCAUCACAGGUGUUACUCUCACCAGCUCUUACUCCAACUCCACAAUCGCCUCUACUGCUCCAGCAACUACUUCCAGCUCGAGCCCAUCAGAAGUCACAUACCCUACCACAUCCGGCGAUUUCAUCGACGCACUCAUUGCUGCCGUUCUCAGCGCUCUUUUGACUCCCGACGAUUACUCUCCUCUCUCUGCUCUUCUUAACGCUAUUGCCUCUCUGUUCCUUGACGCCAUUGGCACUGCUCUCGACGAAGUCUUCAACCUCCUCUUUGGUGUUUCUGCCUCCCGUGUUAUUUUCAAGCGUGAUGUCUCUGCCGCAGACUACAUUGCUGUCGUUUCUAACUUUAACUCUGUUUUGGCUGCUUGGAUCGAUACUGACUCUUACGAUACUUUCCUUGCCGAUAUUUCUGAAAUUAAGAAGUACGCUGACCCUGAAGCUGCUGUUGUUGCUUCUAAGGAGAAAGUCGAGGGUACUUUUGAUGCCGCUGAGGCCAUUGCUGACGAGGUUUCUGCCGAGUCUUCUGAGGCUGCUGUCGUCACUGCCCACGCUAAGGCCCUCCUCUCUACUCUUAUUAAGGAUAUUCUGACUGCUCUCUUUGGUUCUUCCGAGUCUGCUUCUUCUGCCAUCACUGCCACUGCUACCGUCACCGCUACCGUCUCUACCACUAAGACCUAUGUCAUUGGUGCUACCAAGACUGUCACUUCUACCGUCUGCCACGUCUGCGAGGAGAAGGUUACUACCACCUUGACUACCAUCACCACUACCACCACUGGCGGUAAGACUGUCACCAUCACCGAGCCUUGCGAGACCACCACUACUGUUGACAAGGUUGUUACCUCUUACGAGGGUGGCAAGACUUUGACUGUUACUGAGCCCUGCGAGAAGUGCACUGCUGCUCCUACCACCAUCACCUCUACCAAGUACACCACUUACACCACCACUGCUGAGGGCGGUAAGACCAUCACUGUCACUGAGCCUUGCGAGACUACUGUCAUUACCACCACUGGUCCUGCUACUGUUGCUCCUAUCACCUCUACUUCUACCAAGUACACCACCUACACUACUACCUCUGCUGGCGAGACCAUUACUGUCACUGAGCCUUGCGAGACUACUGUCAUUACCUCUACUCCUGGCGCUCCUGUUACUUCCACUGUCACCAAGUACACCACUUAUGCUACUACUUCUGGUGGUGUUGUUGUCACUGUUACUGAGCCCUGUGAGACCACCGUUGUUACCUCUACUCCUGCUGUUCCUACCACUUUGGCUCCUGUUACUUCCACUGUCACCAAGUACACCACUUAUGCCACUACCUCUGGCGGUGAGACUGUGACUGUCACUGAGCCUUGCGAGACCACUGUUGUCACUUCGACUCCUGUCGUUGUCCCCAGCACUUUGGCUCCCGUUACUUCCACUGUCACUAAGUACACCACUUAUGCCACCACCUCUGCUGGCACUACUGUGACUGUUACUGAGCCUUGUGAGACCACUGUUGUCACUUCAACUCCUGUUGUUGUUGUCCCUACCACUGAGGCUCCCACUACUGCUGCUCCUACCACCAUUACCAAGCUUACCACUUACACCUCUGUCUCUUCUGGCACUGUUGUUACCGUGACUGAGCCUUGUGAGACUACUGUCAUCACUCCUGUUCCUUCUUCUGCUCCUAUUACCGUUUACACUACUUACCCCUCUACUCUUCCUGAGGGCCGCACCAUUACCAUCACUCAGCCUUGCGAGACCACCACUACUUCUGCUCCUGUUGUUGCUCCAUCCACUACUGCUGAGGAGAAGACUGUUUCCACCAUUUACACCACCAUCCCCACUACCAUUAGCGGUGUUAUUUCUACUGUCACUGCUCCCAAGGAGGUUGUUGUUUCCAAGUCUACUACCAUCACUGCUCCUGUUGUGAUUACUUCAUCUUCUAUUGUUCAGACCAUUUCUGUUCCUGUUGUUGUUGAGACUGUUGAGACUAAGCCUUAUGUCUCUGCUUCUUCUACCAUUCCUGUGGUUGCCACUACUCCCACCACUUUGGCUCCUGUUGCCACUGUUCCUGCUGGUUCCAGCGGCAUUGAGCAAGUCAAUGGUGCUUCUUCAUUUGGUGUUUCCUUUGGCGCUGCCCUUAUGGCUGUUGCCGGUGCUCUUUUGAUGUAA